AUGGCGAGCUCGCCGGCGACCAUGACGACAGCGGCCGCACUCCGCUGCAACAGGCGUUCAUCGGUGUCCGACGUCGUCGUCGGUAGCAUCUCCUUUUUCGGCGGGGGUGAUUGUGUGGUGUGGUGUGUGUGCGUCGUCGUCCUGCCCGGAACAAUCCUCCGCGAUGCCGGCCGUGAGGACAUCUCCGACGCCGCCGGUGUGACAUAUGUCGACCGUCAGGUGCAGGCGCCGCCGUGUGUCUCGCCGGAGGAGACGAACUUCUCGUCGAAUUUGAGCGGCGGGGGUCGGUGGAUAAAGAAGGGCGGCGCCGGCACUGGCUUGAAUUACAAUCCCUCCAUUUUCUUUUACCUCACUCCCUACGAAAUCGAAUGCCUUCUGUGCCUCGAACACGAUCCAGAAGACUUUACCUGCCCUUGUUGGACCAUUGAUGCUGGGCUCUGUGAACUAGCAAAAGUCUCUGAACUCUUGUUCUCACCAUUCCCAAAACCUUUCCCCACUAUCCACAGCUUUUCGAAUAUUCUCCUCGAACGAGAUGGCAGUAGCUGGGGCUCGGAUCCCCUGCUUUUCCCACCUCUCUUUGCAUGUUUUCCAUUUUCAACCAAUUGUUCGUCUUCUUUUAUCUUCAUAUCGUCCAAUUGCAUUCUGAGUGACUUGCGCAUAUCUGUUGGGCCUGUUUUGGCCCAAUUUUCGCGACUCUGUUUAGGGGAACUAGUGUUGUUAGCUGAAGCCUUUGCCUGCUCGAAAAAUAGUACUUGGACUACUACGCGAAGUGGUAAUUGUUCGUUUUGA